AUGCAGACGAGAAGCUCCGGUGGUGGCUCGGUGAAGAAGAGAAGCUUCGGUGCUGGCUUGGUGAAGAAGAUAAGCUACGGUUGUGGCUCGGUGAAGAAGAGAAACUACGGUUGUGGCUCGGUGAAGAAGAGAAGAUAUGAUUGUGGCUCAGUGAAGAAGAGAAGCUACAGCUCGAUGCAGAGUAGUAGCUCCGGUGGUGGCUCGGUGAAGAAGAGAAGCUCCAGUGGUGGCUCGGUGAAGAAGAGAAGCUCCGGUGGUGGCUCGGUGAAGAAGAGAAGCUACGGUUGUGGCUCGGUGAAGAAGAGAAGCAAUGGUUGUGGCUCGGUGAAGAAGAGAAGAUACGGUUGUGGCUCGGUGAAGAAGAGAAGCUACGGCUCGAUGCAGAGGAGUUGCUCCGGUGGUGGCUCAGUGAAGAAGAGAAGCUCCGGUGGUGGCUCUUUGAAGAAGAGAAGCUCUGGUGGUGGCUCGUUGAAGAAGAGAAGCUAUGGUGGUGGCUCGUUGAAGAAGAUAAGCUACGGUGGUGGCUCGAUGCAGAGGAGUAGCUUCGGUGGUGCCUUAGUGAAGAAGAGAAGCUCCGGUGGUGGCUCGGUGACAAUCUACGGCAUGCAGUGGUAG